AUGGCUCACUCGCCGCCCGCGCCAUCGCGACCUCCGCUGCCUCAGACACAGACAUCCUUUCCGCGCAACUUCAGUUCUGCAAAUGGCCGACCCAGCCCGCUGGGCCCUCAAUCUCCUCCAUUAGCGAUGAACUUCUCCUCGCCUCCACCUCAAGCGUUCUCGCCUCAGCAAUAUUUUCAACCGCCAGCUGCUAAGAGACCCAGACUAUCUCCCGAUGUCCAGUCCCCUUCUACCGCUCCAAGCUAUCCUCCCACUCCGACGGCUCAGGCCACGACUCCCAGCGGAAAUACUCCCAUGAACGGUUCAGCUGUGUCUUCCACGAGACAAGGGUUGAUGCCUCCUCCUCAACGCCCACCUGACAAAGCAGAAGAUCGGAACUAUGAGGAUAUUCUGGUUGGAACCGGAAUAAACAUUGAGGAGGAGGCUAGAAUGCUUGUUCAGAAUGACUACUUUGGCGGGUCAACUCCCCGGACGGCCACUUCUGGCAGCUUCGAAUAUCAAAACAAUUCCUUUCCGCGGCCCGGCUCCAGUGGAGGCGCAACAGCGUCGCAAGAGGAACCGGGCGAAGGCCUUACCCAGGAACACCAGCCGUCAGAGGAGGAGAUGAAAGAGAGAAUCGAAGCACGCGCCGACUGGGAAGCGUCUAGGUACAGCCAGUAUCCGCUGUGGGACAUGUUUUUGCUGGGCGGAGCGCUCAACGAAAAGAUUCGAAAUAUCAGCAUCACCGAACAUUUGGUCGAUCCACAGUCCGGAGUACUAGUUAAUACUCAAAAACAUAUGCCUCCGCCCAUGGUGCGAGUCAACGGACUGGAAGGCGCCUCGCGUGUCAUCGAUAAAGGGCAAGCUAUUCUCGAUACGGGGCAGAAGGGCGAGCGACUUUCGGAUAUCAUGAAGGUCAUUAGUCUGGCAACACGAGCUCGGAUGACUGGUUUACUGAGCGCCUCUUCGAGACUGGCAAAGGAACGCCGGCAGCAUUCCGCAGGAAAGGUACCGGAGGAAUGGCAAGAUAUAGCAGUUCAGGCCAAGCCAGCCACUGAUGUCCCUGACGGAGCAGCCAGCCCAGCAGCCAGCUCUAGCUUAAAGCGCACACAUUCCCAAGCAGAAAGCGAGUCUUCAUUUCGCCAUGACCAGAUUCCAGGUCCUAUCCGUCUAAUAUCUACAUUCGAACGGGUUUCACAGGCUGAAAGAGCCGCCGAGGAAGCCCGCCGGCAGAAGAGAGCCAAACGACGGGCUGCCAAAAAGGACGAAGCAGGCGCCACAGCCACCGAGACGACCAUAACGCCCGAGGCUGCCCCUGUUGCCAAUUUGGACGCAGACAAGAGGACGACGAAGAAAGAGAAGAAAUUGGCAGAGAGCAGAUUCUCCGAACAACAACAACACAGGUCAGCCAACGAAGCAGCACGGAUGGCCGUGGCAGGUUUAUUUGGCAGUCGCUUGGGCGGUAAGAAGUCAAGAACUUACGACUGGAUGAAUGCUGGCAAAGGCGGAGCAAGUCCUGCAGCAAUUCCAGGCAGACCGCCACCGUCAAGCGCACCGUCGACAGCAGGGACACCAGCCCCCGAUCGAGCUCGAACAACUCCCAAAGAAAAGCAGCUUGGUCAGUGGGAUGAGGACAAGGACGCUCAGAUCCAAGCCCGAGAUGUGCUACUCGUGCUGGAGAGUGACGGGCGCGCAUCACGUUCAUAUGUGAGAGGACUUAGCCUUCCGGAAAACUGA